AUGUAUUAUCCUAUGGUUAUAGCACGUUUUCUAAUGGCAAAUGUAAUUGAUCAAUUACUUGAAUAUCAAAAUGGUAGUACACGCUUAAUAAUUGUUUAUCUUGGUUUAAUAAAAAAAUUUAUUCAAUUACUUCGUUAUUCAAAUUUAUUUGAUUUUGAUCAAUUAUUAAUUUCAACCAAAAUUGGAUCUAUAGAAAAAACUUGUGUUAGUGAAGCCUUAAAAACAGAUAUUACAUAUCUUUUAUCUUUAUGUGAACAUGGUGAUCUACUUUUACGUGGUGCAUGUGCAAGUUUACUUGCUACAUUAAUUCAAACAACAAUUCAUCUUUUAUUAAACAAUGUUCACUUGUAUCAACUGAUUCACAAGACAGUUCAAGGAAUUAAAUUAUUAGAAGAUUCUAUUCAACAUACUACAAGUUCCUGUACUCUUGCUCAAGUUAGUCUAGCUCAACUUAUAGAUGAUAUUGAUUUUCGAAUAUUAACUUAUCUUGAACAACAACAACAAUUAAAACCACAGUACCCUGAUAUACGUGUUCGCCAAGCAAUUGCUUCGACUUUUGCUAAUCUUAAAAAAUAUAUUAAUAGAAGUGAAAGUGAUUUUCAAGCUGCUGUACUCAAUUUACUUGUUCAAUUACUUUUAAUUCGUGUUAAUUAUGAUUAA